AUGGAGCGGCUGGAUGCGCACGGCUUGCUUCUCGUGGAGCUGGCUCUGGCAUGGACCUGUCUUGCCCAUCAUCCACCAGCUGCCCCUGCAUCCCAUGAGGUCGUUGGCAGAUCCGCCCACAUCCACGCAUCCUCCAAGUCGUGGCAUUACUUGCGAGUCCACCUCGUGGAGGAGCUGCUCAAGACAAGAUCGAACGCCAGGGCACCGCUCGACAACCGGGAGCUCGAGCAUUUCGCCAGCGAGUUUGCUGGGCGAGAGCCGCUCUAUGAUGCCGUGCUCCUCGAUGUCGCUGCCUGUCUGGAACGGCUGGAGCGUUCUGGCACAGAGCAUAGGCCGAGCCGCGCCUCAUCCGACAAACUGACUCGAGAGAUGCACGAACAGUACGAGGAAAUGGUGGGCCUGCUACUAUAUCGACAUCCAUCUCUUUCGCGAGAGUUGACGACGCUCUUUGGCGAGCUCGUUCCAAGCGGCCUCAGGGCAUAUGCAUGGGAAUCGUGUCUCAUGGCUCUUCACAGAAACACAAUCGUCGACUCGUCUCGUGGGCUCGAUUGUCAUUCGGUUCCUCAGGCGGAACCGGAACUCGAUCUUUACCACGAGUGCCAGGCGUUUCUCGCCAACAGCCCAUCGCUCUUCCGACUGGGAUCGUCUUUUCUCUGCCUCAAGAAGAUGGAGGCCGCUGUAUCGUAUGUCCAGACCAACAGCCCGUCCCCCAUCCGAGGACGAGCACAACAUCGACUCUUCGCGAUCGCCGCUGUGCUCGCGGGUGUAUUUUGGCAUCGCGAACGCAAGCUGGGCGGAAUGCAUGCCAAGAGGCCCGAAGCCAACCCCGUCGAUGCCGUUUCCUGUGCCGACGCUGACCAAUUAUCAGGCUGUGGAAUCGCACCGCAGUGCCCAACCGACACGGGUCUUCUCGUCCACACGCUCUGGAGUCAUUUGCCCGGUAUCUGGCGAGAGGAUACGUUCGAUCUUGUGGACUUGGUUGCCGAUGACCUCGAGUUUCUACUGCAGGAACUCGACCCACAGCUUCACUCUGCUCUACAUGAGAUCCUCCAUCAAUCGAGAGCGACGCAAGAGUCGUUGGCCACUAGCCAAUAUGCCCUCCGAAGCAUGCUAUCACCCAUGGUAUCAACGCUAUUCACUGACUCGCAUAAUCUGGAG